AUGGUUGAUGCUGAAAUUAUCGCAGAAAUCGAUGAAGGGUACCAGAAAUUACAGGAAGCCAGCGAUUGUCAUUCUUUACUUAAAAAGCAUCUAACUAAAACAGUUGUUGAUGAACUGAAGAAAAAAAAGACAAAACUUGGCGCAACUCUUUUAGAUGUGAUACAGUCAGGUGUUAAAAAUAUUGAUUCUGGCGUUGGUGUUUACGCACCAGAUGCUGAAGCAUAUACUGUUUUUAAAUCUCUAUUUGAUCCAAUUAUCGAAGAAUAUCAUAAUGGUUUUGGGUCGAAGCAGAAGCAACCUGAUACUGAUCUUGGCGAAGGCAUCUAUUAUUUGUUAAAAGAGAGGAAAAAGAAUAUGAAGAGCAGGGUUUCAGACAAAAUAUGUUUGCUUACUGAUCUUGAUCCAGAAGGAAAAUACAUAAAUUCUACUAGAAUACGUUGCGGACGCUCACUUCAAGGUUAUCCAUUCAAUCCCUGUCUCACUGAGGAAAAUUACAAAGAAAUGGAAAACAAGGUAAAAGAAGUGCUUUGCGGAAUUACGGAUCCAGAACUGAAAGGGAAGUACUACCCUCUUUCUGGAAUGACCAAGGAUGUUCAGAAACAACUAAUUGAGGACCACUUCUUAUUUAAAGAAGGUGACAGAUUUUUGCAAGCUGCAAACGCUUGCCGAUUUUGGCCAACUGGACGAGGUAUCUUCCACAAUAAUAAUAAAACUUUUCUAAUAUGGGUGAAUGAAGAGGAUCAUUUUCGAAUAAUAUCUAUGCAAAACGGUGGCAACGUUGGACAGGUACUAGAAAGGCUAAUCAAGGGUUUGAAAACGAUUGAGAAAAGCCUGCCAUUUUCAAGAGAUGAGCGUCUUGGCUGGCUCACGUUCUGCCCUACGAAUCUUGGCACUACCGUGCGAGCGUCAGUUCACAUACGCCUACCAAAGAUUAGUGCAAAACCAGAUUUUAAAAAAAUAUGCGAAGAUUUGAAACUCCAGAUACGCGGCAUUCACGGGGAACAUUCCGAUUCCGUUGGUGGUGUUUAUGAUAUUUCCAAUAAAGCUCGACUUGGUUUAACGGAAUUUGAAGCGGUUAAGCAGAUGUAUGACGGUGUGAAACAGCUCAUUGAGAUGGAGAAGAAAGCUUAA